AUGGGGCUUUUAAGCAGCCGGGUCUUACAAUGCAGGGAGCCAGGCGUUAUCAAUGCACAGCAGCCAGAAGCCAUAGCAGGCCCCAGUUACAUAUCAGGCAGUCGCAAGCGCAAGCGGAACAGUGGCUACUGUUUGGACCCAAACUCUGACAACCCCAAUUCUCAGGACCAGAAAGAAGAUCGACAGCAAGUCCUCAGCACAAGCCACAGGAAAAAAGUUAAGAUCUCAUCUAAAUAUGCUUACCAAACUUUAUUUUUGAAAGGAAAGAUCAGUGAUAUUAAAAUCCGUGCUCUGGGGAAAGUGUGGUGUUUACACAAAAUAUUUUUAUGUCAGUCAGGAUACUUUGCUAAUAUGUUCAGAGGUUCUUGGAACGAAGUGCAUGAAGAUACCAUUGAACUGGAGGUUAAUGACCAGAAUAUAGACGUCCACUCCUUGCAUUUUGUACUAGGUUCCUUGUACAGGGAUGAGGACUUCUUAAUAGAGCCCCUUCAAAUUCCAGGUAUUUUGGCAACAGCAUGUCUGCUUCAGGUAGAGGACUUAAUUCAUCAAUGUGAUGAGACCAUGAAGGAAACAAUUAAUGCAAAAACUGUAUGUGGUUAUCAUGUAGCAGCAGAAACCUAUGGGCUAGAUUCUGUAAAGACACGGUGCUUUGAAUGGCUUCUUCACAAUUUAAUGACGCACCCAAGUGUUGAACUUUACAAAAAAAUCAACAUAGAACUCAUGUAUCUGCUAAUUUCUUCUUCUGAUUUACUAGUAAUGCAAAAGGAGAUGGAUGUAUACACCACACUUAAAGGGUGGAUGUUCCUUCGCCUUAAUCCAGGUUGGAAAGGCACAAUGAAUCAGCUUUUAAGGAACGCUGGUAGCUGGUUUUUGAAGCACUUGAAAUAUGUUAGUAAUACCACUUUUCUUGAAAUGAGAAAAGGAAUAAUGUUUCAACCAGUGUUUAAAAAAUUGAGAUUUCAGCAUCUUAUCUGUGACUUGGCCUCCACAAGACUUAUUGAACAAGAUCGUCUAAUACCUUCAGAAUGGCUAUCAUCUGCUUACAAACAACAAUGGCUUACCUUGCUUAAGGCACAGCAAUACAGAGAAAUUGGGCCUCGAGUCCUAAAUGAAACAGAACUUGAAGGAUACAGCAUGAGGUGUGGCAAAAAGAUUAUCAAAAAUGGUAAAUACUCUUGGAAGUGGUCAAGUUUCAACUUCGGCUUUCCUUUGCAUGCCAUUUUUACCAGCCAUUAUAUAAUUUUCAAGCAAAAUACUUUCAGUCAGCUAUGGGAAGAUUCUGCCUCUAUACAACCUCUACGAAAUAUUGCAUUCAGAUUAACUUUAGUAUAUUUUGAUUCUAGUGGAAAACUAAGUUUCAGCAAAACAACUGGUUAUAAAAUCCUUACCUUUGAAAAGGAUGAAGAACAAAUAGUAAUGAGGCUGGAUAGCUUAGUUCUAAAGUUCCCGUUAUAUAUAUUCUGCAACUUUCUGUUUAUGUCGUUAGAAAAUACAGGAAACCAACAAUCUCAUCAUUUAGACAUUUUAGCAUUUGGAAACUUUGGACGUCUCAUUUAA